AGUACACACCUACUGUUGGAGUUGGAUUGUGGACUAGCUGUCAUCUUUCCUAUCCAUUUCCCUUUCCGGCUUCCCUUGUUGGCCUCCUUCCUCUCCAACUCAAAGCAAUUGUUUCGACUCUCUUCUAUCUUCCUUAUCCUCUUUCUUCUCCAUAUGAAAUGGGCAGAUCUCCGUGCUGUGAGAAGGCUCACACCAACAAGGGAGCAUGGACCAAGGAGGAAGACCAGAAGCUCAUCUCCUACAUCAGAACCCAUGGUGAAGGUUGCUGGAGAUCACUCCCUAAAGCUGCAGGUUUGCUCCGAUGCGGUAAGAGCUGCAGGCUGCGGUGGAUAAACUACCUCCGGCCCGACCUCAAGCGCGGCAAAUUUACAGAGGGGGAAGAUGAACUCAUCAUCGAGCUUCACGGCUUGCUUGGGAACAAGUGGUCGCUGAUAGCCGGGCGAUUACCGGGGAGGACGGACAACGACAUCAAGAACUACUGGAACACGCACAUCAAGCGAAAGCUCCUCAGCCGGGGUAUCGAUCCCCAGAGUCACGGCCCGGCCAGUGGCAACGCCGCUCCGCGACGACAAGAAAUCACGACCAUUGCGCAGGACAUGAUUCUCUCGGAAGCCCCAGUCGACUGCUGCUACAAGACCAUCAGCAGCGUCGGCGCCAGCCAAGACGUCGACCGCUGCGUCGUCCUCGACCUCGGCCUCUCCAUGAGCCUCCCUGGCCGCUCUCCGGAACGUCUUCCCCAAACUUCAGUUGCUCCGGCAACAGCUGCAGCAAGUAGCUGCGCUCAACCCCUUCGUCUGUGCUGCCACCUAGGUUUCCAAAGCGGUGAAGCUUGUGGUUGCCCCGCCACCAAAAACCCACGGCUACUAAGAGCUAACACUAGUUGAGAUUCUUCUAUGUGAUGGUACUUCUCCCACAGUAAAGUGGAAGGAUGCCUGUGGUUGCUUCCAAAUGCCAAGUGAAAUACUUGUCUCUCCAGGAUUAAUCUUAAAGAAUAUUUAUUUGUAAAAUCUCUUUAUUAUUUAUAAUCUAUUUUUAUUUUUUUUAUAUUUUUAACCUAUAUUUUAACAAAUAAACUUAAAUAUCUUUCUUUCCUUGUCUUCUGUUCUUUUUUUUUUUUUUUUUCACUAGAUAAGCAUCACGAAUAAAGAGCAUGAGAUAAUGAUCGAUGAUCAUAUCGACAAAAAACAUAAGGGAGC